CAGCGAAGUUUGAACUUGUUCAUGAGCUCAGUCGAUCUCUGGGGUACCCCCUUUACAGGUUCAACUGUACCAAAACCAUGAACUAUGAACAACUUCAGGAUAUAUUCAGAGGAAUGGCUGCCACAGGAUCCUGGGUGUGUUUUGACAACUACAAUCACCUGGCCCCUGCGGUGCUGAGUGUCUUUGCCCAAUUGAUGUCUGCCGUAAUGGAGGCUUUGAAAGCUGGAAAGGCAGCAGUUCAUCUCCAGUCAGACGACAUCCAGCUUAGCCCCAGUGGGGCAUGUUUUGCCCUCCUAGACAGUGCUCUAAAGUAUAUCUACACGGAGACAGUCAAAUUAUCUCACAUUUUGGAUAAAUAA